GGGGCAUUAUAAAAAUUGGAGGUUGUCCGCACAGCCCCAAGAGCUGGAGUGUAGUGCUCUGAUGGAGUGUAUUUCCUCUCUCUCUCUCUCUCUCUCUCUCUCUCUCUCUCUCACUCGUCAGAAUCGUGGUCUGAAGAUGAACAGCAAGAAGGCAGGGGAAGAGAUUGUGUCUGAGACAUUCACAUGGCUGAUCGAAAACUUCUCUAAGCUGCAGACCGGCAAGCAUUACUCCGACGUUUUCACCAUCGCUGGUUUUAAAUGGAGGCUGCUUAUAUGGCCGAAGGGCAACAAAGUAAAAUCUGAAAUGCAGUUCUCCUUGUAUUUGUGUGCUCCAAAUGCUUCAAAUUUGGAACCUGGUUAGGCUAGAUCUGCCCAUUUCAGCUUGAGUGUGGUCAAUCAACUGGACAGCACCAAGACAAUCUCAAAGGCUACAAAGGGUAUUUCCUUUACUCUUCAUGAAUCAUGUUUCUGUUCUUUCUGUGUGAUCUUGUCGUUAUGGCAAGCAAAACUUCUUAAAUGGAAUUUCAAUCCUGCUUCUGUU